CUUUCUGGAGUUUAGUCAGCCAUACCCCGGGGAUGACAAGACGGAGAAAGACACAGCGUUCCGGAGCGACAACCGCUUUUUGGUGUGCACCUCAUGGUGUGGGGACGAUUACACCAUCAAAGACCAGGUCAACGGGCUGAGCGUAAACUUACCAAAGCACCUGAUACUGGAUGCCCGCUUUGAGGUGGCCGCGUGGUAUGCAGAGUAAGUAAGACGUAACCUGGGUAUAAGCGACAUAGACGGAACUGGGGUCCAAGCCCAUCAUCGUGUGGCUAUUAACGAUGUAUUGGGCAUGCAACUGGGGUUUUACAUGGAUAAAAUGGCCGCCGAUCACCCAAACGAGUGCGGGAACUAUCUGAGCGUUGAGCCCGGGUUCUGGAGCGACGAGAACGAGGGGGAGACACUCCCCUUCAUGUACCUGAUUGAAGUAGGACUAGACGACGGGCGCGUCAGUCAGAUUGGCGUGUUCCGGGCAAAGCUGUUGAACACAAAGUUGGACCUGGUUAACCUGCUGGUGAGGGCACAGGAAAAGCGGUUGCAAAGGGAAAACGCUGAAUCGGCAAUUACGACAAUGCCGCGGGACCGCUGGUGGUUGACUUAUUCCCGGAGCGGCGUGGAGAAAUGC